AAGUGGAGGCAACACAGAACAGGAAAAGGAUACCAGCGGUCUCCUAAAACUCAGAGGAGUGCAUACUCCAGCUUUGACCACCUUACAUACCCCUCCUGCUCCAAAGAUUCUAACUCCAUCUGUCAUUCUAAGGCCUCUGCUUAUCCUGCAUCCCAGAGAUGGAGCCACUACUAGGAGUAAAAAUUGGCUGCCUGUUUGCUCUGCUGGCUCUCACUUUAGGUGGUGGCCUUGUUCCCAUCUGCUUCAAAUGGUUCCGGAUUGAUGCAGCCACAGGUCGACACCGUCGGGUCCUCAGCCUCCUGGGCUGCACUUCUGCUGGUGUUUUCCUGGGAGCAGGGUUCAUGCACAUGACCGCUGAAGCCCUGGAGGAAAUUGAAUCAGAGUUUCAGAAGUUUAUGAUGCAGAACAGGACAGAUAGUGAGGGAAAUUCUUCUGAUGUUGACUCAGCUUAUAUGGAGUAUCCCUAUGGAGAGCUCAUCAUCUCCCUGGGCUUCUUUGUUGUCUUCUUUUUGGAGUCGCUGGCAUUGCAGUGCUGUCCUGGGGCUGCUGGAGGAUCAACGGUGCAGGAGGAAGAAUGGGGUGGGACUCAUGUCUUGGAACUCCACAGCCAUGGCCCUCUCCCCUCACCUUCGCGGAGUCCCCUCCGAGCCCUCAUCCUCUUGCUGUCACUCUCUUUUCACUCAGUGUUUGAAGGUCUAGCUGUAGGGUUGCAGCCAACAAUAGCAGCUACCCUGCAGCUCUGUCUUGCCGUCCUGGCUCAUAAGGUGCUCGUAGUGUUUGGUGUAGGACUGCGGCUGGUACAGAUAGGCACUGGAUCACGAUGGGCCGUGUUCUCCAUACUGUCCUUAGCUCUCAUGUCCCCUGUGGGCCUAGCCUUUGGGCUGGCCGUGGUUGGAGGGGACCUGGAAGGGGGACGGGGCUUAGCCCAGGCCGUGUUAGAGGGUGUGGCAGCUGGAACCUUCCUGUAUGUCACCUUCCUAGAAAUUCUGCCCCGGGAGCUAGCUGGUCCUGCGACCCCUCUAGCCAAAUGGGGCUGUGUAGCUGCUGGUUUUGCCUUUAUGGCCUUUAUUGCCUUGUGGGCCUGAGAGACUCCUGGCUUUUCUAACGGGCCUGUCUAGGAUGAUCUCCCUACCCCCACGAGACACCUCCCAACUGGCUUUGGCCCUUGGACAUUUCUUCACUGAGACUAAACGACACUAGAUACCAUCUCCAUGGACUGGAUCCCAGCUGUUCC